CGGCCUCUCGGGGUCGGGUCCCGUGCAUGCGCCGCAUCGGAGUCCGGGUCCGCCGCCCGUCCCCCUCGCCGCCGCAAUAUAAGCCUUGGCUCUCGCACCUCGCCGCUCUGCCGUACCCUACCAGCACUACCACCAACCAACUAACGGCACGAGUCCGCGCGCGCCCGCGAACGAACGAUCGCAACGCCCCACGCCCACCGACCGAUCGGCCACGCUCGCCCUAGCUCCAGCCGCCGCCAUCGGUGGGUAGGCACCUGCGCCCUGCUGCGGCUGCUGCUGCUGCUGCCGUGCCGCCCGCUACUUAGGUUUACUAGCGUAGUCCGGAACCCCCACGAGCGCGGGAAGGGGAGCGCGCGCGCGUCCGUCUCGGCAUGGACGCGGGCGACGACGACGCGGUGCUGCAGUACGCGGUGGCGGCGAUCGCCGACGAGUCCGCGGGCGCGGGGGAGUUGGCGGCGGGGCUGGCCGCGCUCUGCGACGUGCUCGCCGUGUCGGGGCCGGACUUCAUCCUCGCCAUCCCGCACGCGGGCCUCGCCGCGCGCCUCCCCGCCCUCCUCGCCGGCGGCUCCGGCUCCGGCUCAGGGUCCGGCGCCUGCGGCAGCAGCGACGUGCCGCUGCUCGCCGCGCGCGCCAUCGCCGAGGCCUGCGAGGCCGCGCCACAGUGGGCCCCGCGAUUCGCGCGACACGGCGCCGUCGACGCGCUCCGCGACAGGCUCCUCGCCGUCGACUGCAUCGAACUCGCCGAGGAGUGCUUGCGAGCUCUGGACGCCAUAUCUUUGGAAUGUCCAGACGAGUGCCUCAGAAGGGGGGUGGCAGCUGCUGUGCUGCAGUUCUUCGACUUCUUUUCGACGAACAAGCAGAAAGUGGCGCUCCAGAUCGUCUGGAAUGUCUUCACCGAUUAUGAUGAAGUGAAUGCUGCUAAGGCCAUGGAGGCUGUGCCUGCACUGUGCAACCUUCUGCAGUAUUCUGAUAGGAUGAUUCUCGAAUCCACUAUUUCGUGCUUGGCAUUGGCUGCUGCUGGUGCUUCCGGAACUAAACACAUGAGUAAGCUCUGUGAAUCGAAUGUGGUCCAGGUGACAAUGACUUUGAUGGUUGAUGAGGGGUGGAAGAGCCUCAAUGAUGCCACUUUAACUGGCAUUCUGGGGCUGCUUAAAGGUCUUGCUUCUGUCUCCGCAAAGGCUGUGAAGUCUCUUUUUGAGUUAAAUUUUUGUGAAUUGCUUGAACAGAUGAUAACUUAUUACAGCUAUUUGCACCACGAUAGUCAUAAGGUCCAGAUACUUGUGGAGCUCAUUUACCAGCUUAUGCCACCUCUUAAAACCUCUGAUCAACAUGCUAAACUAGUCACUGCAAAGAGGAAACUCAUUAUGAGACAAAGUCGAUACAUGAACCAGCUUGCUAGCAUCGUCGCCCUUAUAGUACAGGUUGCAAAAUCUGCUGCACUAUCAUCAAUUUGCCACAGCUGUGUUGUUCUCAUUGGCAAGAUUGUUCAAUUAAUCACACCUAAUUUCCUAGUGGAGUUACAGAGGACUGUAAAUCUCUCAAGCUUUCUUAAUUGUUUGUUGGCCCGGAAAAACCACCACAUCUUAUUUGAAACACUCAAGAUUUCAAGGACCCUUUUGGAAAAAGACCAGCUCUUUUCCUUGGAGACCUUUACCAAGGAGGGUGUAAAGCAUGCAAUUGAGUAUAUAGUAUCACAAUCAAAAAACACCAGUCACCAGUCAGAAAGAAACAACAGCAUGAAAGAAAGUUGCCUUUGCUUUGACCUGGAAUCUUCCUCGACUGUUGAGGCAUGCAGCAUUGAGAAUGAUGCUGUCAUGGAGCUAGCAGAAGAGAUAAAGAAAAACUUCUUCUCGGUAAAACGGAGCAAAAAAACUUCACAUAGGUUUGGAUUUACUCUCAGAAGUGUCAGGGACUUUUUUGCUAGGUUGAAUGUAUAUGCCUUGACACACCCUGCUGAAAAUCCUGAUAGCUGCAAGCAGUUGUCUGAUCUUUCAAGGAGAUUAUUGUCAGAUGAACUGCCAGUUACUUCCACUUUUGAGUUUGUGCAGAGUGGAUCUAUCAAAUGUUUUGCAGUUUAUCUCUCAAAUGGGGCGUACUGCAAUGCAGACCUCAAUGAUGGACCUGUACUUGAGCAGCUUAGUAAGGUGCAGAGUCGGCUGCAGCAAUUUGCUAAUUUGGCUCUCACCCUCUCCAAUAAAAGUUCAGCAAAUCCACUUGGGAUUUUGGUGGAGAAGCUGCUAGACACUUUGCACAUGUGCUAUGACAGUUUUCCUGUAAUGCUAUCUGAUGAACAGAUUUCACGUGAGAGCAUGAUGAUUCCGCUGAGAUAUCCUGAGGCCCAGGAACCAACGUUAUUGGAAUUAAAAUUUCGGAGGUCGCGGAAGGAGAGAGAAUUACGGAACUACAAUGGUGUUCUUAGUGUCGACCUUUUCUCAACCCCAGAUACCACUGAGCCAAUUCUAUUUCCUAGGGUCUUUAGAAGAACUGAUCAGGAAGCUGCAUCCAAGAAUUCCAAUCAAGAGAUAGAAGCAAAUGGGAGCAAAAAAUUAGUAGAGUCCAAAAAUGAUGAUGGGAACAGAUCCUCAAGACUGAGAUUCUUGUACAAUGGCGUGACACUCCAACCAUCUGUUACAUUUUUCGAAUCGAUACUCCGUCUGAUGAACAAGGGACAAUCUGAUCUCUUGAUCGACCCAUCUUUCUGGGAAAAAGAACACAACAUAACCUAUAGGAAAAGAAAGAAAAGCAAGGAGAUCUCUUCUCAGAGUUCCUACUAUACUCGGUUAUCCCACGUGCAAGAAAACCUUCAACGCGCAUGGUUAAAGGACCCUUUUUUCACUGCCAUACUUCAUGGCAAACUUCCUGGUGAUCUGGAUGUGUCUGAUCUGUCCUACAAUCUCUUGUUCAUGCUGAAAGUUCUUGAAGGGCUGAACCGUUUUUCAUAUCAACUGUUGAUGGAUGAACAGAUAAACAAAUUUGCUGAAGGAACUCUACAAGACCUCAAUGAUCUCGAGGUGUCAAUAUAUCCAGUUCCACGACAUCACUUCAUCAGUAGCCUUCUCGUAAAUAAGCUAGAGGUGCAAAUGCAAGAUACCUUCUUUGAGGAUGGCCUCAUACCCUCAUGGUGUGUCUAUCUGGUUGAGACCUGCCCAUUCCUGUUGUCCUUCGAUACACGGUGGAAGUACUUCUGCCUGACUGUGCAUCGCUCAUUCAUUCCGGACCAGGUUAACAGUUCUCCAGAACAGGUUCACAAUACUUUGAACCAAGUUAAUGGUCACUUGGACCAGGUUAAGAGUCCUCCACAAAGUAAAAAGUACAGGGUAGCCCGAAGUGCUAUCCUUGAAGGUGCUGUAUCAGUUAUGACCAGUCAUGGCUCAAGUAGUAGAAUCAUUGACGUAGAGUUCGAAGGAGAGGUUGGGACUGGGCGAGGUCCAACAUUUGAAUUCUACACUACAGUUACUCAUGAACUUCAAAGGGGCGGGCUUGGAAUGUGGAGAGGAGACAGUGGUGAACAUGGAUUCAUUCAUGCUCCUUUUGGAUUAUUUCCAAAGCCGUGGUCGCCAUCAGGCACUUCAUCACAAGGAGUUGAUUUUACUAAUAUGCUACAGAAAUUCAAGCUUUUAGGGAAUCUUGUAGCGAGAGCAGUUCUGGAUGGAAGGAUCCUGGAUAUUCCACUUUCUAAAGCAUUUUACAAGGUCAUGCUUGAGCAGGAGCUCGAUAUAUAUGACAUCCCAUUGUUUGAUCCUGAGCUGGGCAAGAUAGUAAUAGAGUUUCAAGCACUUGUUAGUAGGAAGAACUUUUUGGAAACCUCUUCCAGAGCAUCUAACCCUAUGGUUGAUUUGACCUAUAAAAACGUAAAAUUGGAGGAUUUGUGUCUUGACUUCACUCUUCCUGGAAAUCCUGAAUAUGAACUUGUUCCUGGAGGCUCAGAGAAGCCGGUAACACUUGAAAGUUUAGGUGAAUAUGUAUCUUUGGUUGCUGAUGCAACACUGAAGAGCGGGAUUGCCAAGCAGAUCGAGGCUUUCAAGUCUGGAAUUAAUGAGGUUUUUGCUCUUAAGGCCCUCAAAAUGUUUACUGAGGAGGAAAUGGAAUGCAUACUAUGUGGUGAACAGGAUGCUUGGGCUUUAAAGAACCUCGAGGAUCACAUGGAGUUUGAGCAUGGCUACGAUAUGAGCAGUCAACCGAUUAUUAUUUUCCUGGAGAUAUUGCGAGAGUUUGGAAGAGAGGAGCAGCGGGCUUUCAUACAGUUCAGUACUGGAGCCCCUCAACUCCCGCUUGGCGGCCUAGCUUCGCUUGAGCCCAAGCUCACUGUCGUACGCAAGCAAUGCGAUGGCAAUGUAGACGACGAAUUGCCAAGUGUCAAUACCUGCCGGCACUUUAUCAAGCUCCCUCCUUACUCCUCGAAGGAGAUAAUGAGAACGAAGCUCAAAUAUGCCAUUACAGAGGGUCUAGGCUCCUUCCACUUAUCAUGAUAACAAGACAGAAGUGCACAGGAUGAUGGAAGAACAGUGUACAUUAUAGAAGGAGUAGAUAGCAACUGAUUAUUGGUGAUUUAUUAGAAAGAAUCACACGACAGAUCUAGACUUGAUGUGAAUAGCCAUUACACCUCUCAAUAUUCUGAUUUAGCUAUUUGUUUGAACUCAGAUUUAUCUAUUUUUCUGGUCGAGGAUCAGGUUAGUUGCUCUAGACGUAGCUCAAGUUUUCUCCCCUCGUAUGUACUGUAUGUAUAUAACUACUGCGUCGAACGCCCUUCGUCGCUGCUAUUUAAUGAUUGAUUGUCAAAGAAUAUGCAAGCUAAUUUCUUCGGAA